UAUAUACAAGUGGAAUUCGCACUGCCAAAUUGCUAUAAGUCAAAAUAUAGGGUAGUCGGGCGGUUCACUCGUUCGACGUGCUCUACCCUGUGUGCGUCGAUCGUGUUUUAUUUAUUUGUGCACACGAUUUUUUGGAUUUACCGCGACUCUCUGUGCCAGGCAAAUGCUACGUGCAGUGCCGCAGUAAUUCAGUGAUAUUAUCUAGGACUUUGUGUGUUUAUCAUGGGGUGCAGUGCGAGAUACUGUUUACUGACUGUGGCCUUGUGGCUAGUGCUGGAACACGCAGCGGGUGUGAGAGUGGUGCCCAAGCGGAAGAAAGAAGCCAUAAGCAUCGCAGACGAUCAGUCCACAUCAGCAUCAUGGUGGCAAGCAGGCACAGCGACACCCUUCCGCGACACCUCCAGCAGUAGCGUGUUCUCCGCCACCCACGGCCUCGUCCAAACCCACCCGUCCAACAGCGACCCAUUCGGGUCAUUUGGAAGCAUCGGUAGCACCAUCGGGCCUUCAUCCUACCCGUUUGCCCAAGCCAGCGGCAGCGGUCCGCUCAGCGGUGGCAUAAGGAACAGCCCUCUGCCUCCCUUAGCGAGAAACGCCAAUGGGAAAACUAGCUUGAAGCAUCUUGACUUCACCAGCAGCGCUACUGCUGAGCUAAGGAGGAACCCCAUGCUCUCGGCUCCUGAUGAAUGCGCAAGAGCGUGCCGAGAAAAUGAACCACCAAGGAUCUGCUACUAUCACUUCACCCUCGAAUUAUACACAGUAUUGGGAGCGGCAUGCCAAGUGUGCACACCGAACGCCACCAAUGUUGUUUGGUCUCAUUGCCAAUGCGUGUUGGCUGAUGGAGUAGAACGUGGUAUUCUCACCGCGAAUAGAAUGUUACCUGGACCCUCUAUCCAAGUAUGUGAAAACGACAAAGUUGUAAUUGACGUUGAAAACCAUAUGGAGGGUAUGGAAGUAACCAUUCACUGGCAUGGAAUCUGGCAAAGAGGAUCGCAAUACUACGACGGAGUACCUUUCGUGACACAGUGUCCUAUUCAACAAGGAAACACUUUCAGGUAUCAAUGGCAAGGAAACGCUGGUACUCACUUCUGGCACGCGCACACUGGUCUGCAAAAACUUGACGGUUUAUAUGGCAGCAUUGUAGUACGCCAACCGCCUUCCAAGGAUCCCAACAGCCACUUGUACGACUACGAUCUGACCACUCACGUCAUGUUGAUCAGUGACUGGCUCCAUGAAGAUGCUGCUGAGAGAUACCCUGGUCGACUUGCUGUCAACACUGGUCAAGACCCCGAGUCGGUGCUGAUCAACGGAAAGGGACAGUUCCGUGACCCCAACACCGGUUUUAUGACAAACACUCCGCUGGAAGUCUUCACCAUUACUCCUGGAAGGAGAUACAGAUUUAGGAUGAUCAACGCUUUUGCCUCAGUGUGCCCGGCACAGGUCACUUUUGAAGGACAUAACAUGACCGUCAUCGCUACGGACGGCGAGCCUGUGCAGCCCGUACAAGUGAACACUAUCAUCUCAUUCUCAGGCGAACGUUACGAUUUUGUGAUUGAGGCUAACAACAUCCCAGGCGCAUACUGGAUCCAAGUGCGUGGUCUUGGUGAGUGUGGCGUGAAGAGGGCUCAACAGUUGGCUAUCUUGCGAUACGCUAGAGGACCUUACCAGCCAUCCAGCCAACCGCCCACAUACGAUGUCGGCGUGCCUCAGGGUGUGGUCAUGAACCCGUUGGAUGCCAGAUGUAAUGUUCCAAGAAACGACGCUAUUUGCGUCAGCCAGCUGAAGAACGCCCAGAACAUCGACCCGGCCAUCCUGCAGGAAAGACCUGACGUCAAGAUUUUCUUGCCCUUCCGUUUCUUCGUCUACAGACCGGAAAUGCUCUUCCAACCCAACACUUACAACAGAUAUUUAGUUGCCCCGCAAGGAGACCAUGUGAUCAGUUUAAUUGAUGAAAUCUCAUACAUGGCACCACCUACACCUCUUAUAAGUCAGUACGAUGACAUCAACCCUGAACAGUUCUGUAACGGUGACAACAGACCAGCAGACUGCGGGCAAAACUGCAUGUGCACCCACAAGGUCGAUAUCCCGCUCAACGCCAUCGUAGAAAUUGUACUAGUCGACGAAGUUCAAAUCGCGAACUUAUCUCAUCCGUUCCACUUGCACGGGUACUCUUACAACGUGAUCGGUAUCGGCCGGUCGCCCGACCAGAACGUCAAGAAAAUUAACUUGAAACAUGCUCUAGAUUUGGACAGAAGAGGUCUGCUUGAGCGUCAUCUUAAACAAGGAGACUUACCUCCCCAGAAAGACACCAUUGCCGUCCCGAACAAUGGCUACGUUAUCGUCCGUUUCAGAGCCAACAACCCUGGCUUCUGGCUCCUCCAUUGCCACUUCCUUUUCCACAUCGUCAUCGGUAUGAACGUCGUCCUCCAAGUCGGCACCCACGCCGAUCUGCCCCCUAUUCCCCCCAACUUCCCGACGUGCGGAGACCACCUCCCCCCUAUCAACUAGAUCGGUUCCUAGUACCAGUUUCAGUUUACGUCCAAAAGUAUCAAGUAGCAGUUGAUCUUAUGUUGCCUAAGUGUAAAUUUAUGUUUGUAUUGUGUGAUGUGUACGGCGGAUUCGAAGUGCUCGAUUCUGCCGUUUGUGUUUCUUAUGUAUUCGAAUGAUUCAACGGUUUAAGACGGUUCGUGAUUUAUUUAAAGGUGAUAUCUAAUGUUUCGUUUUUCAGUUUCACAUGCCAUACUAGUUGGUGAUAAUUCUAGAUUAUUUAAUUACGUCCUUACGCUAUUUGAGGCUCUUUUACUUUUUAUUUUGUUGCCUUUAGGUAUAUUCCAUUCAUCAUGGAGAUGUCCGGUCUUAACUAACAACUUGCCAUUAUACGUUUCACCAAGGAUAUUUAUUUCGUGUAUAUAUAAAAUCAUAUAUUUAUAUUAAUAAAUAGUUUUUUAAGAUUUCCUAGUUACUAACAUUCGCAUGCGAUCAAAAUUGUAGAACAUGUAAAUAACACCGACAAUUGCAAUUCUCCUUGUAAAUACACAGAAGUAGAUUGUUAUUUUACUACCAGCAGUAUAGUGUCGUAAUAUAGCGACCAUACCUCAUCCUUCAACUCCAUAAGCAACGAAGACUGUACAUAUUUUAAACAUAUCUACAUUUUAAAUAGGUAUUCACAAAAGUUACCAUUUCGUGGUUACCAGUACUUUAAGGAUCUUGUGUGUAAUAACGACGUCGUGUUACUCGUGUUUAUUUGUUUC